AUGGCGGUCAAACCAGUCAGUAGGGUAUACACGAAGGAUGACUUGGACUGUUGGGUAGACUCGGAGACGUAUCGAGAGGUUGUGGAGUUUGUGUGCAGCUUGCAAGAGGCUGUUGUCGGAAAAGCAAACGACGACGCAGGAUGUUUGGUGUCGCUGCAAGUGCAAAGGUUGGUCUCGAUUUUGGAGUCGAUCAAUGAGAUGAUAGAUCUUCACCCGGUGAAGCAGGAAAAGGGGGCUUCGAGGUUUGGCAAAGUGGAGUUUAGGGAUUUUUACAGAGCGUUGGGCGAGCAGUGUCCAGAAUUGGUCAAGAGGGUCAGUGGAGAAGCGAAUAUCGAGCUUGCAACCUAUCUCCAGGAGUCGUGGGGAGACAGCAACAGAAUCGACUACGGAUCCGGGCACGAGCUCAACUUUGUCAGCUUCUUGCUCAGUCUCUGCAAGCUUGGCACGUUGAGGGCGGAAGACUUUCCCGCACUCGUUCUCAAGGUGUUUACCAAGUACAUGGCGAUCAUGCGCAGGUUGCAGAAGACGUACUGGUUGGAGCCUGCGGGCUCGCACGGGGUGUGGGGGCUUGACGACUACCAUUUCCUUCCGUUUCUCUUUGGAGCCGCACAGCUAUCGCAGCACCCGCACAUGCGGCCGAAGUCGAUCCACAACGACGAGCUCGUCGAGUUGUACAAGGACAAGUAUAUCUAUUUCGAGUGCAUCGACUUUGUCAACAAGAUCAAGACGUCCACCAAGCAGGAGAAGUUGAGUUUGCGAUGGCACUCGCCGAUGUUGGAUGACAUUUCGUCGGCGAAAAGCUGGGAAAAGAUCAAGGAGGGCAUGGUGAAGAUGUACAAGGCGGGGGUUUUGGGGAAACUUCCCAUCAUCCAGCAUUUUCUUUUUGGCAGCAUUUUGAAGUGUCCCGCGGGGAUACCGGAGCGCGGAGAAGCAGACGCGGUGGAGCGUUGCCGACACUCGCGUGAUGUGGUGAAUACGUGGGGCGAUUGCUGUGGUAUAAAGAUUCCCAGCGCGAUAGCGGCAAGUGAGAGUGUGAAAAGAGAGGAGAGGCGUGCCAUACCCUUUGACUAG